AUGACUAAGGUGAUGCAGGUGCUGCUGGUGCGCCACCUGGCCGCCGUCACCGUGCUGCUGCCGCUCUGCGCGCUGGCCAUCUGCUUCGCCCUGUCCCUCUAUCUCCACUUCGAUGUCGUCAACCGCACGCACUGCCUCGUCUAUAACUUCUUUCCGUCCGUGUCGUCGGCGGCGGGCAAGUUCUCGCCGCAGAAGUUCAUCUGGCGCGCGCUGCUGGCGCUGCACCUGGCGCCGCGCUUCCUGCUCGGCUACCUGACGGCCGGCUACCUGGCGCGCCAAGCCGGCCUGGUCGGCGUGGCCUUCGUCGGCUCGCUGGAGCACUACUCGCUGCACGCGUGCUCGUUCGUCGUCUUCCUGGUGGCGUCGGAGGCGCAUAUGGUGCUGCUGACGGCGCUGCUGCGCCGCUCGUUCCGCUGGAAGCUGCGCCUGCUGCUGUGUAAUGCGGUAUGCCUGGCCAACGCUGUGUACCUGUUCGUGCGACACAACACGCACUGCGAGCCGGGCGUCUACUCGCUGUUUGCCAUCUUUGAAAUAUGCUUGGUGCUGUCCAAUAUGGCCUUCCACUUCACCUCUUACUGGGAUUUCUAUGAUUUGCAGUUAUGUGUUGGCAGUGUUAGUCAAGACUAGCGUUGUCCCGUCCGCGCACGCUGCCGUAACUCUAGAACAUUAUUACGCUUAGCUAAUUACAGGGAGGAUUCCGAUUCUUGGAUGUAGGCAUAGUACGAGUUCAGUCCAGAGCAGCGACCACCAACUCGAGAGAGUGUAUUGAUUUGUGGGCUGGGGAGAAGCAGAGUCUUGAUGUGGUCAAAAAUAGCCUUAAACUCUUCGUCUCCGGACACUGUUCAAUAGUAAUGACACAUUCACGACUCGAAUUGAAUCUAUUUUCAAUUUGACUUCCCUGAGAUAUCAAACAAUAAGGAGGUUAGAGGCACCAAAUUCAUAGGGUAGGUCUGUCUAUGUAAGCUUACUUUUGUCAAAAUUGGAGGGUCCUAGGUCAUGACCUUCGGGUCGAAUAAGAUCAAACAAAGGCACACGUCAGAUUGGCGUCCAAAGUGUCCCAGACCUCUUCAUGCAACCGCCUUGAACUUGACAUUUGUUGUAAGCAAAAUGCCACUGAUCUUCAUCGAAGACCAGUGACCUAUCUUGACCUUUAGAAGGUCAUGGUGACCAAAAUCAUGCGAGAAUGUUUUGAUUUUUGCAUCUGAAAAAGCGUCAAGGAAUACGCUACGCGGUAUGUUCCUAAGAAGCAAUAUGUUGACCUUGGUCGUUUUGGGUCACCGACCUACUCUGACCUUUAAGAAGUUCACCGAUAAUGUCUGUUGCGGUCCCUGUCAUUAUGAAUUCGAAAUAAGCACCAGAAAUACCCCACGCCGCAACCUCUCGAGUAAAUAAGCAGGCAGGCUUAACCUCGGUAUGGCCCACAUACCGGACACUAGGUCAAUGGAAUUUGUCGCAGGUAAUAAUAUUUUGCUGCAUAAGAAUCUCUUUCAGAGAUGCCUGGUUUCGACUAACACGCUGUUGUUCUAUCAGAUUAACGUUUCCGUAGAAACUGCCUACGCUGAAAGUCGUGACCUUAUUUUGACCUGCCAUUGGUCAGCAACCUGACAAGACACAUAUAAUUUGUACGGCAAAAUAUUCACCAUUCAGUUGAUGAUAACUAUGCAAAGUUUGGCGCAACCACGCCCCGCCGCCCGGAAGUGAUUCCGGAAAACCUUCGGGGCAUCAAAUUGACCCCCGCCUGGUCGCGUGUUAUGCGCGUGGCACGCUUUUCCUUUCCAUAUGCUCUCCUAGACCCACCAGAUAUGUGCAGUCAGCUGUUCCCGUGUGUCUGAUGCGUCAUAGUCCAUGGCAUGCAAUACUGAAGGUCUUUCCUCGUCCGGGCCUUCCUGAAUCUACUCCCGCUGAGUCAGGAGGACGUCUUGUUGCAGUGGCACGUGUGUACUGUUCCGGCUGCACUGACGUAGUUUGUUGAAUAUUAGCUGUGUGUGGCAGCAUCGGGUUUGUGCAUGAUCCGUCCCUGGCUUGUAUGUGUUGCGUACAGAGCCACUGUACUGGCAUACUCCUUCGGCUGUUCUAUGUGCAAGAACGUGGUUUGUCCUCCACAUGACAAGGUCAUCGUUCAGAACAUCAUUGCGUUAAGGCCCUCCUUUACAACAGCAUAUGUGCCAAAAGAAGUCAGGAGAUUCGUCAUAGGAGGUCGCAUUUCAAUCAAGUCAAAAGAGCGAUCUUACUUCCUUGGACGUGUAUUGGCGCAGACGUACUGAAACUGGCGUGCUGAAAUUACUCCAGCUGUGAUGUAUCGAUAGUAAAAGUAGGCAUGUAAUCAGGCGAACAGUCCCAAGUAGACGUAUUUUGCUCUCAGUAUUAGCCACUUUCAUGAAAUUUUCCGCUGAAGAAGACACAUUCAAGCCACCCACCACUGGGUGUUGGGCCGUGACUGGACGUGCGGCACUUGCAGUGAUACUACACCAUCGAUCCCCGACCAACUGGGCUUCUCCGCGGCUGGUGGCGCCCUGGCACCACCUGCGCUUCACCCAGAGAAGCCCGGGCGGGCCCGCUGACCCCGGCUGGCCGCUGCCAGACUGCAGAGCGAACACUCAGCCGCGACGCGCUGGGAAUCCAGAGCGACGUCCAUGGAGUCCGUCCCGAUGGACUCUGCUGGGGACUCACGAGUGCCGCGGGCCCUCAGUGAAGCGGCGUGAAGCUGGCAGAGCCGGCUCGGCGCGGCCAAUGAACCUGUGCGCUCGCCGUCGGCUGAUGACGUCACACUGGUGGUGCCAGCUGUCGGCUGAUGACGUCACGCCGGUGGCGGCUGCUGUCUGCUGACGGCUGGGACGUCCCGGUCCGGACCAGCUCGGGCGCCCCUGACGUCCGCUUCCGCCGACGUCGAAGGCCUCGCCCCUGGACUGCAGCACAUCUGACGGGAUCUGCCAGACAGCCCUAAUGAAUCAGAGACGAUGAGAUGCCACGCAAGCGACGUCUCUCCUGACUAGGCCUCGACAGCCGUGCCGGACGCUGAGUCUUGCCGACUGGGCCGCGCUGCCGGCGCGUCCGUCGCUUGUUCGCUCACGGCCCACCGUUGGGGCGGACCCAGACGGCUGCUGCUGGCUCUCCGUCCUCCCGUCAAGCGGCGAUGUCCUGCGGUCUCGGUGGCCAUCACAGUGUCUACAAGACGGCGAUUCACCUGGGGCCACUCGCGAUGUGUCACACAUGUUCGGGUGAAGGCAGUGCGCCCUAUUUUCCUUUUGCAAUGUUCUUGCUCGUGGGCGCAGGCGAGCAUUGUCCUUGUGUGUGUGUCGCAGGCAAGGGUCGAGACCGCCUUUCGACUGUCAUUCGCCGCCGAUGGUCGUAGCUGAGCAACUACGUUGCUGUUACAUCAAUAUUGGGUGUGCAUGCGAGCACCCAGCGACAGUAUUUCAGUGGGGAGACGCUAUGUCGGAAGCAGGGUGUAUGGUCGGUGGUGUACGUACUACUCCCUCUGGCCGGUGAGAAAUACUGCCCGGAGACUGGCUACGGGUGAACGAAAUCUGCCCGCCAGAUGGGCGGCUCUGUUAGCAGGCUGCUGCGGCUGACGUGUUUGUGCAUUAGGCCAUAUGUUACAUUUGAUGAAUGUGAACAUGAGCCGUGCAGUGGUGGACGUUUGGGGUGCGGGUAUUGCUACGCGAGGAAACGCUUAAACGCCUUAAAGCUCGUAGAUAAUAUAUGCGACCAUUCCUGCA